UCCGGGAUCCUUUUCUCAGUUCGUGUUCUGCUGUGGGUAUGAUGGACAGUAGCCAGGCAAGGUGUGACUUGCAUUUCUGGAACUUCAAUUGAAUUAAGGGAGAACGACAAGAGAUGGGAGAAGAGAAUUUCUGGGAGGAGAAAGGAGGGGAGCACGCACGGCAGCCAUGUUUUCAAACCAAAAAAACUUCAUAGAAUUCUCAAUAUCAAGUCUCAUCAUUGGGUACAAUAACACUAUUUAAAGACAAAAGCAACUGGAAUUGGGGGAUACUGAAAUUUCAGAAGAGCAACUACUGGUCCCUUUGUAAAUGAUAGCUUUCUUUUGCCCUCUUUUUUCUUUCCAAAUUUUUAGUCAUAUGCAGGCUGUGACACACUGCUUCAAUUUGUCUUUCUUGAUUAUUAGCAAAUGGAAGAACAAUUCAAAACAUUCAUUGUCCUGUCACACUAUUUGGAGACAUCAAGAUUCCGCCAAUUCUGGCUUUCGGAGUUAUAAUGUUUUCGAGAGCAACUGUGAAGAUUUUGCAAUUUACUGUAAGACCAGUCUGCUUGUUGUUGAACAAGGAGCAAUUGGCCAUAGUGGUCAAGCAACAUCAAUAAUAGGUGGGUCUGUCUCUGCCAUCUUGGCAACACCAUUGUGCCUUCUUACCACCAAUGUGUAUGGGAUAGUAGCAACAGGGAUUGGGCUCUACUGUCGAAUCCGGUAUGCUACAGAUAUUGGCAUGAGGAAGGAAGUGGAGAAGGUAGCAGUGGAAGAUCUCAGUAAGUUUCUACCAAGAAAAUAAGAUCACAGCAAGUGAGACUUGAUUUUCAUGAACAAUGUAUGUGAUACUGGGCUUGUUCCA